AUGUUCUCCGAGGAGAACAAGGAAGGCGCUGGCAGCAACGAGGAAGAAGGCGAGAACACGGGCGAAGAGGGGAACUCCGGGGCCGACAACGCAGGAGGCCAUGAGAAGGACUCCAGCGAGCAGAACCAGGAAGGCGGCACGGACGAGCACCAGAAGCCAGAAGGUGGUGACGCCGGCGGCGAAGGAAGCGGGGAUGCCGGUGGCACCGAAGACGGCGCUGCGGCGGCGGCACCGGGUGGCCAUGUCAGCGGCUCGGAUACCGCAGCAGCCGGCACGGCCCACCGAACGCUCGCCCUGAUCCGCAUGAAGGCGGUCAUCGCCGGACUCGUCAUUAUCAUCUUCGCCCUGGUGGAGCUUGGGUGGCACGGUGGUUGGUUCCACGGGGGUGGCGAUGGAGGCGUCAGCAGCUAG